AUGAAAUCAAAGAUUAUUUCUAUAGCUUAUCACAAUCAAGAUGCAGCAUUUUGUCGAGUAUGGUGUGUAAAAUGGUAUCCAAAUGGAAGUUUACUAGUAACAUGUGGUGCUGAUAAAACAAUAAAAAUUUGGAAUUUUGAAGACAACAAAUUAAAAUUAACAGAUAAAAUUGUUGGAGACCAAUUACGUACAAUAAGAUGUUUAUCUUUUUCACCAUGUGGAAGAUUUUUGGCAUCUGCUAGUUUUGAUGCUACUGUUAUGAUAUAUGAAAAAGAAUAUAAUACUUUUUCUGAACUUCAUAAAUUAGAAGGUCAUGAAUCUGAGAUAAAAUGUUGUCAAUAUUCAUCUUCAGGAAAAUUUAUUGCUACAUGUUCGAGAGAUAAAAGUCUUUGGAUAUGGAAAGUUGAUGAAGAUGAUGAUUUAGAAGUACUAUCAAUACUUCAAUCACAUUCUGGUGAUAUUAAAUGUGUAGUAUGGGAUCCAACAGAUGAUAUUUUAAUAUCUUCAUCAUACGAUAAUUCAAUAAAUCUUUAUACAUUUGAUGGAGAAGAAUUUGUCACAUCACAAAGAAUUCCAAAUGCUCACUCAUCAACAGUGUGGAGUGUUGAUUUUGAUUCUGAUGGCAGGUAUCUUAUAUCAUCUGGUGCAGAUGAGGAAAUUAUUGAGUAUGAAAUACCUAACUGUAAAUGGCCUUUAUAUUCUGUUGCAUGGAAUAAGGUAACUAAUUUAAUUGCCAUUGGUGGUGGUGAUAGAAAAUUAAGGAUACUUUCUUUUGAUAAACAAAAUGAAAUUUUAAAGAUGGAAGAUGAAAUAAAACUUGAGGAUGAAGUUAACAAUGUAUCUUGGUCAACUAAUUUACCAAAUAAUUUAGCCUGUGUUUUGGAUAACGGGCAAAUUCUUGUUAUUGAAGUUGAUUUAUAA